UUUUUUCUAUUGCUAAAGUAAUAAUUUUUUGUGUACAAAAUUUGUACACCCUUGAUAAAUUUGAACGUAAUUAUCUGUAUAUACAAAGAAUUGGUGAAUGAACUAGGGGAUGCAUAAUGCACAAAUAAAUGAAUAAUUAUGUACAAAUCUUGUAUACAAAUGGAGUUUUGAUACUUGGGGUUAAACGGUUAACCGAUGCUUCCGUGUUCUCAAAGUCAGUAUAAGUACUGGUUUUGGUUGGUAAAAAAUGCUCACACCCUCCUUGUUUCUACUUUCUUAGCGGGCUGACUCUCUCUCCUUCUGAUCCUUUUCGGCUUAAUCAACAAUCGUUUUGGAAACUCAAUCUCCCUUCUUCAAACCUUCACCACAUAACUACUCUUUAAUCUUCCAUUUCCGACGCUUCGGCCUUCUUACCCCCCUUUGAUCCGGAUCAUUUUCUCGGGAAUAUCGCCUAUUGUUUGCAUCCUAAUCAUAACCCACCAUGCGCUCUAUCGAUCCUGUCUUCGUCGAAUUUCGGAGAACAUCCAGGCUUCCAUUAUUCUUCCACUUCAAUUAGAGCUGGGAUUUUGGGGUUACAGUAAGCGGUUGGAUUGGAGCUAGGGUUUUUAGCAUUUUAGGUUGAAAUGAGGAUUGAAGAAUUGGAUGAUAGCAGUGACAGUAAGUGUAGUGUUGAAAGUGACAGGAGUCUGAUGAUAGUACGGGUCGACGCAAAGAGAGCGCUGGUAGGAGCUGGAGCUAGGAUCCUCUUUUACCCGACUUUGCUGUACAAUGUGUUCCGUAACAAAAUUCAGGCAGAGUUUCGAUGGUGGGAUCAGGUUGAUGAGUUUAUUUUGCUAGGAGCAGUGCCAUUUCCUAAGGAUGUUCCACGACUGAAGCAGCUUGGUGUUGGUGGUGUAAUCACUCUGAAUGAAGCCUAUGAAACUUUGGUUCCAACAUCUUUAUAUCAUGAACAUGAGAUUGAGCAUCUUGUGAUUCCAACUAGGGAUUACCUCUUUGCCCCCUCACUUGGCGAUAUUAACCAAGCAGUGGACUUCAUUCAUAAGAAUGCAUGUCGUGGGCGGACUACAUAUGUGCAUUGCAAAGCAGGGAGAGGAAGGAGCACUACUAUUGUGCUUUGCUAUUUGGUGGAGUAUAAACACAUGAGCCCUGUAGCAGCACUGGAAUAUGUCAGAUCUAUCAGACCUAGAGUACUAUUGGCUCCUACCCAGUGGAAGGCUGUUCAAGAAUUCAAGCAUCGGCGUGCAGCUUCAGCUGCAUUUUCUCCUGUAGAUGCGGUAUUGAUCACAAAAGCAGAUCUUGAAGGGUAUCAUAGCUCACCUGACAAUAAGCAACUUGCAGUUGUGCCCAGAAUGGCGCGCACACGGACACGUCCCAUGAUGGCAAAACUAUCUUGCCUCUUCACAACACUGAAAGUUUCCGGAGUUUGUGGGCAGCCGUUUAUGCGGCGGCUCACUGAGGCUGGUGCCUGCUAGGCUUCUGCUGCUGAAGAGAGAGGGUAUUCGAUUAAUAAUAAGUAAGUUGGUACAGGAAUUAGUGAUAUAUCUCUCAUAUAUUGCGCUCAAGAGUGAAUUGAUUGAAGAUCCUUCCACGUUGUAAUAAAAUCGUAGUAGUUGCUGUAGCCUGUAAGUGAUAUUAAUAAUCGAUUUCUAUAUAUAUGUGUGUAUAUGUGUUUGCUAUUUGUUAUAACACGCAAGUUUCAACUUUCAAGUUUGAAGGCAAUGUGGUUUCAAAUCACUAUUUUGGUCGAGUGUUUGAAGACAUUGAUCAAGUUAUUUUGCAGUCUGGAUCUAGUUCCUGCAAAUUUGGGCUUCAUUAUAAACUUUUUAAAUUAUUUUCACGGAGCAAGAUUGGGAAAAGGCAUCUGUUAUUAGCCAUUGGAGGACUUAGCUUGCAAUUUUCAAGCAAACAACUUAUUAUUGGAGCAUUGCUUUUCUUUUUAUGGUGCUUUUCUCUAAAAUUUUUGGUAAUAAAAAGGACCAUAAACAGAAUAAUGAUAUUAUGUUCUAUAAGACGACUGAUUUUAAUACUCCGUAAUAAUAAAAUAAGUUCAAGGAUCGAGCAUAAGUGCUCAAACCUAAGUCUCAAGUCCUAUUCAGAGUCGUUUGGCUUUACCUGAGAUAUAGAUCCGGACCGAACAUUCCGUGCGAUGCGAAUGCUUUCAUUGUGGAUUUGAGGAUAGAUUAUAUGGCUACAUUGUUACACGGUCUGUACAGUACGUGAUCUCAAUUAUCGUUGUAUUGAUCAAAGAAAAUAGGAAACUCUUCUUAUUGUCCAAUUAUCUGUUCAUCUUCCUGUUCGAACAUCUAUUCUUCUUAUUUGCUGAUCUAUACGGUCAUCUAUUCAUCUUCUUUGCCCAUAUGUGUUGGGAUAAUUUUAAUCCUAAUUCUCU